UCGCUUGCCAUUGGCUGAUUUUCCUUUAGGCAGAAUUUGAAAUAAUGCUGUGUUUUAACGUUUGUUAGCUGGCAUGUCUCAGACCCGAUCACGUACUAACUGGAUUUGCUUUGCACAAAACGUUGAUUACAAUUCCGUAACAUGUAGUUUGUUUCGAAUCGCGUUUUUAUUGUCUUAAAAAAAUGGCUGAAGCGGUAACUUCAGCACAACGGGGACUGCUGUAUAUCAGUCCGGGGAAGAAAGUUGAUGCUAAUAAGGAGAACGACGUUCCAGUUUUGAGUCUCAUUCAGUUUUCAAAGCCACCUUUUGUGUCUUUCGGUACUGUAAAGUUGGGGACCUCGAAAUCCGCUGUUUUGCAAAUUGAGAACCCGAUUGAGGAUGUAGAAGCGGAGGUUACAAUCGAAAAGAUUCCGUCAAAUAAAGGUUUUUCUGUGGACCAGAACACGUUUACGAUCCAGCCUCUGAGCUCAUUCACCUUGAGAAUAAGCUGGACCCCAACAGAAGAAGGUGGCAUCAGAGAGGUGAUCUCGUUCAAUGCGAAUGGAGUUCUUAAACAUCAAGCUGUUCUGCUGGGGAGAGCAGAACCGACAAAAAAGAAAAAGAAGAGCUUAUGGGAUUCGAUCAAACACAAGAGAGGGAUGGAAAAAACACAAACGCCAUCAACAAGAACGGCGUGUCCACGGAAGAUGGCAGGAAACAAAACCUUCCAGGUGUCGCGGCAGUCGCAGUAUAAGCGGGAAAAGGUGCGCAGCCCGCUUGCUUCGCUCAACAAGGGCAACGGCGUCAUGAAGGAAAACCUGCUUCAAGAUCGCUGCUUGGAACUAGUGGACAAGAACGCGUCGAAUUCGGGUCGACGGUCCGUUGUCUUGUCGGAACAGGGAAACGUUUCUCCAGAAAGGAAGAACUCGCCUGUCGUUCUACUUGUCCCGACUACAAAGGUCGUCCACGCUGGCCCUGAUGGCAUCACAGAAAAUCCUAAAAACAACGAACUGACUAAAUUGUUUGACAGGACUCUGUCUCCAAUCGGUACGCCAGAGAUGUUCAAGAAACUGAUGCCUCGUAUUGAGUCCGGCAGCCCGCUUCCUGCCCCUGACGGCGACUCAACCGGAUCCUCUCUUCCUUCUUUGAAGGACGCUCUGGUUCUGAUAGACUCGGACCUCGGACAUCUUGACACCAGUCCAAGAAAUACAAGUUCUAGCUGCGAGUUUUCAGAUUCUCUGGAGUCGAAGAGCGAAAACGCGCAGCCUCACGAGCCGAGACUCACGUUUUUCGUCAGCAAAAAGAUUGUUUCAAAGGUGGAGAAGGUUGUAGAAAAGGAAAAGGUAAAGUUUUCUUUCACAUCUGCCACUGUGACCAAAGGCAAAGCGUCUGUGGAGGCCGGCAGUCCUGGAGGGAGGAAAAUCAGGAAGUCACGCCGACGGCUACUGGAGAAAACGCUUGAACUCUCCGACGGUGGCAGCCAGAGCGACUCCGGUCCGGGAACUCCGAGCCUUCCCAUCAUAGAUGCUGAGACGGGAGCUGAACAGUGUGAUGCUGGACAUGAAUUCCUGGAUUUCACCUCCUCCAGCCCCAAUCAAAGUUCUUCCCCUCCAGACCCGGCGAUGUCUCGGUUCUCUGUCACCUCUUCGCCGCUUCACGCUCCUCCUGCUGCCAGCUCCUCCAACUUGUCCCCAGCUGGUUCUUCUCAGGAAGACUUGUUCCCUGUCCAGUUGACAGCGGAAAGCAAGAAGAGGAAGAGUGAGGAGUUCUUGAGAGCCGAUUCCACCAAGAGCGGGGACUCGGGAAUGCUGGAGCGGGUGAAGAGGAGUCGGGUUGUGGUCGGGAAAAUUGAGCCGCCAGCGAUGGUCCAGAGCAGGAACACAAGUCAGCGGGAGAAAGUCACAAACCUGACCCAGUCUGUGAGGACGGCAAAGUCUGCAGCUGCUUCCAAGGCUAAACGUUCGAGCGCCAAAGUCCCAACCAAAAGUGCUUUGGCUCCGAAGGCGUCCGCUUGUCAGGCUGUGAAGAUCUCAAAAGUGGUUGCUGUAGCUCAGUCGAAGCUAAUGUUCAUCAAGCCAAAACAGACGGCUUUGCCGAGACACCCGAUGCCGUUCGCAGCCAAGAACAUGUUCUACGAUGAGCGCUGGAUCGAGAAGCAGGAGAGAGGAUUCUCCUGGUGGCUCAACCACGUCUUGACCCCUGACGACUUCAAGGUCAACACCGAAGUGGCUAAAGUGAGCGCCGUCUCGCUUGCGCUGGGCGUCGGGGAUGACCUCAGCGUUCCCAAAGCGCCCACCAAGGAGGAGAUGUCCUUCAGCACCUACACGGCCAAACGGAAGCUGAACCGCCUGCGCCGCGCCGCCUGCCAGCUGUUCACCUCGGAGGCCGUGGUCAAGGCCAUCCAGAGGCUGGAGCUGGAGGUGGAGGCCCGGCGGCUGCUGGUCCGCAAAGACCGCCACCUCUGGAAGGACGUUGGCGAACGUAAGAAAGUCCUGAACUGGCUGCUGUCAUACAAUCCGCUCUGGUUACGGAUCGGCCUGGAGACUAUUUUCGGGGAGCUGAUCUCCCUGGAGAGCAACAGCGACGUUUUGGGUCUGGCCAUGUUCGUCCUGCAGCGCCUCCUCUGGAACCCGGACAUCGCUGCAGCCUUCAGACACGCCCGGGUGCCUAACCUCUACAAAGACGGCCAUGAGGAGGCGCUGUCCCGCUUCACGCUGAAGAAGCUUCUGCUGCUCGUCUACUUCCUGGACAAAGCCAAAGAAUCCCGUCUGAUCGAACACGACCCGUGUCUGUUCUGCAUCGACGCAGAGUUCAAAGCGAGUAAGGACCUGCUGCUGGCCUUUUCCAGAGACUUCCUGAGCGGAGAGGGCAUCCUGCCCCGCCACCUGGCCUACCUGGGCCUGCCCGUCUCCCACGUCCAGACGCCGCUCGAUGAGUUCAACUUCGCUGUGAAAAAUCUGGCCGUCGAUUUGAAA